CAUGAGAUUCCGCCCCCCCCCCCCGGGUCUGAUAAGCUCCCGGGUGGAGCGCCACCAUACCUGAGCAUCGGCACGCAGCAUGAAUGCUGCGCAUUCCACCCUUUGAUCUUCAGGACAGUUUGUCAGCCUGAAUACGGUCUCUAUGGAACUCAGCCACAACUGUGCCUCUGUCGGGUCAUCAGAGGUCCCCUUGAAGGUCGGUGGGUCACCUCGCUUAAAAUCCCGCAGGCACCUGGCUUCCCUGGUGGAGGCGGAGUCAUUCGCUGGCUGGCCACCGGACAGGUUUCGUACUACGAUUCGUAAUACGUCGACUAAUUUCGCCGCUGAGUCUCGGGCGGGUUGGGGUGUUGCUGGCCACGGGCACGUCAUCGUUACGUCGGGCCCCUCCACGGUGUCCUCGCGGUUGGGACCCCGUCUCCUCACGCUUCUAACCCUAACUGGGGUUCGCCUCCCAGAACUCCCUCCUCGCGUCUUGGGUGGCAUAUCUAAACCUAGCAAUAGCCGUGAGGUUACAAACUAUUCUUUCCACUUAAUCACAAGGGCACAAGUCGCAUACCCAUGCAAUGGCAUUAGCCGAAUACACACACAAGCAUAUAUCUGUCACAU